GCGGUAGGAUCUCUGUGUAGAAGUGAGAAGAGAGGAGCAUUCAAGAGACAGCACACGCAUAUUUACAUCCUUUCCAUCUCCUUUCUCACCCACUCUUCCUCUCUCUCUCUCUCUCUCUCUCCCUCUCUCCCUAUCCCUCACACACACACACACACACACACACAUGCAUGCACAGACAGACCCCCCUCUCACAUAGGAGUAGAUAGAGCACGGGGAAGAGCAGAAGGAGCUGGGUGGCAGGAGAGAGGCAGGAGGGCUGUUGUUGAUUGAACAAAGCCAGGAAAGGAGUGCGCAGUCCCGGGGAGAAGAGCAGCUGUGAAAUGCCUCGAAGGGAGCCUGCCAGCUACUCCUGCAGAGACCUGAAGGUGUUGAGCUUUAGCUGAGAAUGGCAGGAGACUCUCGAGUCCUCAUGGACCACAACAUGGAGAUAGGAGUCACACCUGCACAGGUGAAGAAGCUUCCCAAACACUUGAGGGAGGCUCAGAUAUCGACAGAGCGAACCCACUUGAUUUCUGACCCGGCGAAGAAGCCACGCCAGCGAUACGUGCAGAAGGACGGCAAGUGCAAUGUCCAUCACGGAAAUGUGCAAGAGACCUAUCGUUACCUCAGUGACUUGUUCACGACUCUGGUGGACCUACGCUGGCGUCUUAGCCUCUUUAUUUUCACUUUGGUGUACGUAGUCAACUGGCUUUUCUUCGGCUUUCUGUGGUGGCUGAUAGCGCUCAUCCGCGGGGAUCUGGUGCAUGCUGACGAGGAGGGCUGGACCCCAUGUGUGGAGAACCUCAACAGUUUUGUCUCAGCCUUCCUCUUCUCCAUUGAAACGGAAACCACCAUUGGGUACGGUUAUCGUGUGAUCACAGAAAAAUGCCCUGAAGGUAUCAUACUGCUUUUGGUGCAGGCCAUUUUGGGCUCCAUUGUUAACGCCAUGAUGGUGGGCUGCAUGUUUGUCAAGAUCUCACAGCCAAAGAACCGCGCCGAGACCCUCAUGUUCUCGCACAAUGCUGUUAUAUCGGUGCGAGACAACAAGAUGUGCCUGAUGUUUCGGGUUGGGGACCUGAGGAACUCUCACAUCGUAGAGGCAUCGAUCCGAGCAAAGUUGAUCCGCUCGCAACAGACCAAGGAGGGGGAGUUCAUCCCGCUCAACCAGACUGACAUCAACAUCGGUUUUGACACGGGAGACGACCGGCUGUUCCUGGUGUCGCCGCUCAUCAUCUCUCAUGAGAUCAACGAGAAGAGCCCCUUCUGGGAGAUGUCACUGGCACAAAUGGAGAAGGAGGAGUUCGAGAUCGUGGUUAUCCUUGAGGGAAUGGUGGAGGCCACAGGGAUGACAUGUCAGGCACGAAGUUCCUACCUGGACACAGAGGUGCUUUGGGGCUACCGCUUCACACCGGUUCUCUCAUUGGAGAAGGGCUUCUAUGAGGUAGACUACAACAACUUCCACGAUGUCUACGAGACCAACACUCCCACCUGCAGCGCCAAGGAGCUAGCUGCUAAGCUUCGGGACGGGCCUCUACUGCCUCAGCUUUCCCUCCUCAGCCCUGAGCCUAAAACUCAUACUUUUGACCCCCUAGACCGCCUGUCCAAACAGGACCCACUAAGCCAGGAUGAGGACAAGGAGGAGAGAGAUUCAGGGGGUGACAGAGGAGAGACCAAUGGCUCAGCUGCUGCUUUAGAGGAGCCGCCCCUUGCUGAUGGACUGCCUGACUGAUUGGCUACUUCAACUAAAAACCCAGGAAAGACUGGACAAGAAGACGACAGGACAAAAUAAUGCUUAAUUUAGUCAAUGGCCAGCUUGUUCCACUGCAGUGCUUGGAGAUACAAGACAUCCGUCUCCUCUCCCCGACUCUGUGCAAUACUCCUCUACUAGAGUGUCAAUCUAUAGUAUAGAUUGGUUUUGUAGACAUGUAAGUACACAUACACAGACACACACGUACAAUAUCUAUAUCUACACUUAAAGGUCGGUGGUUCAGAUUGUCCUUUUAUAAUCGUAACGACCACUUACUGCUAUAACAGCUCAAGUUGUAUAAUGUUAACUUGAGCUCAAACUGGUAGCCAUGACAGAGUACCAUGGGCUUAUUAUGGAUACUCCAAUCUUCUCAUUUUAGAGUGUGUUGAUUCACCUUCAUUUAAGCAGAGUAUCGGUCUCAUAACUCAACUAAUGUGUCUGACAGCAGCUUCUGCGUGGUAAUGGAACCUUGUUAUUAAUGAAUUUUUAAAAAAUGUGGGAGAUUAUAAUUUCCUUUUCUCUGUCAGUGUUGUUAUUACUCUGUGUCCGAAACCGCAUUCACCUAGGAGGAAAUGUAUAAGGCCUCUAGUUUGCAUAGGCAAGACAAGAUGUAGGAACAUGUUCUAUAAAAGGCAACAUGUAGUGUGACAACCGCAAUCCAGUUUUGUUUUCUUUGUCCACUACUUCCUCAUGGUUGUACUGUCCUAAAUACUCCCAUUGUGUGUUGUCUAAUUGUCUCCCCUAACACACUGGGAGCCUCGACCCAAAAGAAACAAGCAAGUACCUCAUUUUAUACUCAAUGUCAGGGUUUGAAAUUAACAAAAAUGAACUGGUUAAAUGCUGGUAAAAGCUAUAUGCUACUGACUUGACUAUUUUGAAAACUUCUUGGCUGAUUAAAGAUUUAAUUCCCCCUCCCGCUGCAGCAACUAAAACAUUAAUUCCAAGCCCUUUUCUUGGUAUGUAAAGCACAAAUUCCCAUGAGGUGACUCCACACUGACCCAACCACCCACCUAGCCACCGCUACUAACUGAUGCAUGUCAGUCCUCUUUAAAAGUCACAUUCAAAUGUAGAUUCAAAUAUUUAUAUGAAAUAUUUAUGCUCAACUGCUAUUUGAAAUGUUCUUGAUUUUUAUACAACACAUAUAUUAAUAUUUCAAAUGCUCCACAAGCAAAAUGAAAAUGCUCCAUGUAUCCUUUUAUGUUUGUUUUCGUUUUGAUUUAAAUAUUCAAAAGAUAUUUUCAACUUUGUUAUUUUUGCAGUUGCAUUAAAGCUACUGAUGAUAGGAGCAGGUUUUCUGUCUAAUAUCACAAGCUCAGUGUCUGGCCAGCCCAUCACCUGCAGUAUUUGCUGUCUUCGUAACAAUUUUCUCUAACCUUCACCUUUCAGCUUUCACCUCAUGAUUUGAAGUCUCCUUUGUCCAUACACACACACACACACACACUCACGGUUCAAUCUGCACUUUGGCCCUAUUCCACAAACAGCCCCCGGGUCUUUUGCUUGAUAUAGUUUAUGGCCCUUGUGAGCACCGUUUUGGAAGCAGACACAUGAGCAGUGAGGGCCAUAGACUAUUUUUGACUUUUUGUUGAAAGAACACAUGUCAGAGUUUGCAUGCAUGAAUCAACUCCUGUGCCCCCCUCCAUUGCUGAGUAAGUUUAAUACAGUAAGAAAUACAGGGUAUUUUCUAGGCAUGCAAAUUAUGAGAUUUCUACAAUAUGUUACCAGAUAAUGUGUUAAUAUCCAAUUAUGAUUUGUUGAUAGAAAAAUGAGAUUCCUGAUACUUUAAAAUCUCCCACUCCCCAAUUUAUUGUUUUUAUUUUUAUUUUUUACAGAUGCUUGUCCAAUCAAUGUAUUUAUUUUCACUGUGACAUUAGAGCAUCUUACUAUGUAUUCCAUUUGCUAAAUGAUACGUUUGUCAUUAGAGACAGAACAUCUUUCAUUGCUGGAAUGUCAUCUGUUUUUCUGUGUGUUCUCAUGGGAAUAAACAUAAUAUGGCCGAAAA